UCUUGCCUGUGUUGAUUUGUUUAGGAUCGAUGAUGUUAGUAUACAAGUGGGCCAACAGCCUUGAUCGAAACACGACCUACUGGAUAUCUUCCGUUUACUCCUCUACCACCAAAGAUCUCCACCUUUCAUCCCCUUCUCCUCCCUACCUCAACUGCCAUGAUACUCGAUCGUUCGCAUGUUAUCCUGCACCACAAUGCGCUAGGAACCACGUUCAAAGGCGUCGAUCAUCCAAUAUCCUCCCCGGAUGUACCCAUACACCAAUUCCGCGGAAUCAAAUACGCCAGCGUACCAGCUCGGUUUCGUCAAUCGAAACUAGUCACUUCAUACCCCUCCUCAGUUGAUGCAACUCGUCAUGGCCCAAUAUGCCCACAACCUGACCAAAAGAGUCUUGAAGAGGAACUCCUUGGUCUUUCCGAUAGCGAUAUCCCAAGACAAGUCUUCAAGCAGGACGAGUUUGAGUGUCUCAACUUGAACAUUACCUGUCCUGCUGGCCACCGCAGUAAAUUGCAACUUCCAGUUAUGGUCUGGAUUCAUGGCGGAGGCAACCGUGGUUGUGGCUCCAGUUGGGUCUAUGAUGGUGGCGCUCUUGUUAGAAAGAGUGUUCGUGUUGGUAAACCGAUCAUAAUGGUCACAAUCAACUUUCGCAUAGGCGUAUUUGGUGUUGCCGCAAGCCCACACUUGGCAGAUGAUAACCGAGCAGCAGGCGACGAGGGUGUGGGUAACUAUGGUUUGCGCGAUCAACGCCAGGCACUAGAAUGGGUGAACCGUUACAUUGCAGAUUUCGGAGGAGACCCAUCCAAUGUCACCCUAUUCGGACAUUCCUCGGGAGCAGCAGACAUCGUUGCUCAUCUGCACUCCAAUGCCAACUUGACUUGCCCCCUAUUUUCCCGCGCAAUCGUUCAAAGCGCAAUCAUCGAGCACAGUCCUCCAGAAUUGCAUUCAGCUGGAUGGCAACUGUCUAGAGCGUUGGCUCCACUGCGUAGCUCUUGCGUCGCACAACUUCGUGCUGUAGAUCCUGAAUCACUUGUCAACGUCAAUCUCCCCUUCCGGGCCGUCGAUGACGGUGUCUUCUUCAGGAAGGGAUUCAAAGAUUUCAUUUGCCCGCCUUCGGAGUCGGAAGAACCCCCCAGAGCUCCUCUUGACAGAGGUUUGAAUUCAUUGCGGUUUGCCAUUCGCAAGGACAAAAGCAAGAGCCGAAGCCCACGCCCAUUAGGUAACCGUAUGCCUACUAUCCCCCCUACACCCACUCCUGGUCUCCAGCCCCUCCUCAUCGGUGACUGCGCGUGCGACUCUUCUCUUUGGUCUCAGCCUGCACACCAGUGGGCUGCUCCCGCUGUUGUGCGACGAGUUCGUGCAAUCUGCCAGUCGAUCACAAAAUCCUCCGCUCUUCUUAAUGCAUACGAGAUAGCCCCGCACACUUUGUCGGACGAUCUUACCGACCGUUUACUCGAGUUCGUGGAGGAUGCACGCAUAGCAUGGCCUACAGAGUGUGUUGUUCAAGCUGAGCAGAGGUCUGGUCGACAGGUCUGGCGUUAUGUGUUUGAUCAGGAAGGUCCAGCACGGGGGAUGCCGCACCACGCCGCAGACUUAAUAUACUUGUUCGACAACGUCUCACUCGCAUUAUCAGCUGCGUCUUCACCUACUGCUUUUGACGAUGACGAGUCGCUCCCAUCACUUCCAUCAUCAAGAUCGACCUCUGCUGACGUGGGCGAGAUCCUAGGCAAGAUGUACACCGUUGACGAGCUUGAGCUCAUGGAUGUCGACAAGUUCUCUUACGGCCCAGAGUGGAGUUUCCGUGGGUGGGCCCAACCUGUUGUCGACGAGAUGAUGUAUGCCCAUGUGCGAGACGCGAUACAGGAACGGUGGAUCGAGUUUGCGCAGGGAGAGCGGCCAUGGGACACUUCUCGUGGCAAGGUGUAUGUCUUUGGCCCUGAGGGCGAAACGGGUGAGCGGAGUGCGGGUAUAUUUGGGGGUAGACGGCGUCAAAAGAUAUGGGAGGGCGUGCUGAAGCCUUUGGGCAUGACACUUGUGCAGAAGGUCGCACAAGAGCUUAGCAACGGGCCUGGGCUAGCGAGGGUGACCGUCGUGAGUCCAGCCGUGCAUCGCGUUCUCUUAAAAGUAGUGUUUAUGUUAGUGGGGAUAACGACAUCUUAUUAUUGGGUGGGGAGGCUGGUUUGUACAGUCUUUUUUUCCUAGCGGGUUUUACACACGUUCGAGCUCAUCUGGCAUAUUGCAUUGUACAUUGAUCUACAUACACGCAUGUCCAUAUUAGUUUACCAUUGCAUUAGUUAAAUAGGAAUCGUCUCGCAUGCACUGAUGCAACGCUGAACAAGUCAGCAACCUUGCCUCGUAUUGUUGGUCAUGAUGCGCACGCCA